AUGACAAACAUAGGUGGCAGAAGCCAAUUUCUAAGUCAUGGAAGUCCUUGAAAUCUUUCUUUAGAGAAGUCCAAGGUAUCUACUCUGUUACUUAAUAAAGUUAACUUGCGCUGGGAUGACCUGUACAUCUUCCAACUUGUUUGGCAUACAACAAUGGAAUACUUCCAGAUCCAAAAUAUGACUUUUGGAGGUAAAGUUUAUCUUGACCACAACUCAUUUCACUACUCAAAUACUGCAAUGAGAGCUAUAAAAUUGAAAUAUGUACAUCAUAGUCUUUUUUAUAUUCCACGGGAUAGAAUCUACUUGCUUUCUAACAAAAUGAAUAUAGAAAACCUGAUAAUAUCAGAUGCACAAAUUGCAUAUGUGCUUUUCUCUAAUUACCUGAAAAGUUUCUGAUAUUUAAAUUUUGCCAAAAGUAUCUUAACAGACAGUCUAUUUAAAAACCAUAUCCAAUUACCUUACUAGAAAACUCUCAUUUUGCGGGGCAAUAAAUUGGAGACUCUCUCCUUAGUGAGCAGCUUUGCUAACAACACGCCCUUGUUUUACUUGGAUCUGAGCCAAAAUCUAUUACAACAUAAAAUUGAUAGAAAUUGCUUUUGGCCAGGCACCUUGAUCAUCACGAAUUUAUCAUCCAAUAAACUUGCUGAUUUGGUUUUCCAGUGCUCGCCUGAAAGCAUUCAAAUAUUUGAUGUGAAUAGUAAUAAAAUUCAAACUGUCCCUAGAGAGAUUACCCAUCUGAAGUCUUUACAAGAGCUAAACAUUGCAUUUAAUUUUCUAACUGAUCUUCCUGCCUGAAGUCCAUUCAAAACACUCUCCGGGAUUGAAAUGAACUAAAUUCUCAGCCCAUCUCUGGCUUUUUCUCAAAGCUGCUAGGAAGUUAGGACUUUAAACAUAGGAAGGAAUCCAUUCCGGCGUACUUAUGAACCAAGAGAUCUCACUCGACUUGGAAAAUAUUCACAGGACAUGAUGGUUGGGCGACUACUCUCAUACACUGGUGAAUGCCCUUUGGGUCUGAAGAGGAUUCCGUUAAGGGGUGUUCAUCUUCCUGAAUUAGUGUGCAGCCCAGCUUUGUUAAUGGUCACCAUUGUGUUGCGCAUGCUAGUCCUGUGGAUGAUGGUGACAUUCUGCUUCCGCUUUCAUGUGGCCUGGUCUCUCAGGAUUCCAGGCCAGUGGGUGUGGACACAACGCAGAAGUCAGAAGUCGGGGCAGGAAAAGAGAAGUGCCCAAUUCCAUGCAUUCAUUUCAUGCACUCAGCAUGAUCUCCUCUGGGUAAGGAAUGCAUGGAUCACAAAUGUCGAGGAGGAAAACGGCUCUAUCUUAAUUCAUCUUCUUGAAGAAAACUUUCGCCCUGGCAGAUGCAUGAUUGAAAACAUUACAAGCUGCAUCGAACACAGCUAGAACACAAUCUUUGUUUUGUCUCCCGAUUCUGCCCAGAGGGCAUGGUGCCAUGAUGAACCCUACCUUGCCCAUCAUAACCCCAUGCAUUCUCAUUCGGAGUAAACCAUUCUACCCAUUCCUCUCUACUGCACUUCUGUUAGGUUUUAUAUGCUGAAAGCUCUCCUGGGGGAAAAAAAUAACUUAGAACGGCCCAAGGAAAAGUGUAAACAUGGGCCUUUUGGGGCAUACCUUCAAGCUGCUCUUAAUAUUCACUUAUCAGAUACCAGCAAAAUGUGUGAGCUACGGACAUUCACAAAACCCAAGGAUGGCUCCAAUGAAGAGUACCAAGGUCCUACAAUCUCCUUGAUAGGAACGGGCUGCUUAUAA